AUGCCUGUGCAAAACACGCCGCCACACCCCUCUUCUCAACCUCCGCCAGCUACUUCGGUACCUCUUACAAUGGAACCAGCGGUAUGCAGCAUCUGUAAAAAUAAUAUGGGUGAAGGUGACGAUUGCCUUAUGUUAAAUCAGUGCUUUCAUACGUUCCAUCGAUCCUGUAUCGAGACCCAUAUGUCGUCUUCGACAGAAUGCCCAACAUGCAAGAGAACUUGCGAACUAAAUGAUCUUAGGGAUAUAGUAGUGCAAGCCAAAAAUGCUCCUGUCUUCAAACCAAGUGCCCCCAGAGGCAAAGGUAGAGGAGCGAUGUCUAAGCAGUAUAAUACUCGAAGCUCUUCUCGAAAUCUUUUCCAAGAUAAUCCUAUCUCUAGCCAAAAUCCACAUGUGAGUAACACUGCUGAUAAUACAGCUACUCCGACUAGAAAUUUAGAUGUAUCUUCCCAUUUGUUUUCUCCGAUUCAAUCAGCUAAUCCCAACAGUGGCGUAAGUGCGACUGAAAUAGAAAAGAUAGUCGAAUUAAGUCUCACAAGGAUUCUCCAAAAUAUUAACCUUCUUCCUAGAGGUAGCAAUGAAAACGCUAACAAUAGCCCUACCAAUGCAGUUCACAAUCCGAAUAUUCAACAUGGUUCAGCACAACAACAACCCAAUUCGAUAUUAAAUAACCAAGGGGAUUAUAAUUUUCCUUCUGAUAACCCAAAUCAACAGCAAAUGAAUCCCAAUAACACUAUUUCAGACCCCGUUCCAUCUGCCGGUACACCAAACCAUAUGUAUCAACCAACUGCAAUGCAAAACAACAGACAAACAGCAUGUACCAAUCAAAGUAACCAACAACAAACCAAUUCGAAUACAUUACGAGAAAACCUAAAUUUCCAGCCUAACACAAUACCAACUCAUCCUCAGCAA